UGUCGGUGCUGAACCCGGGGGACCCCAGCGUCGAGGGUGCGUUGUUCUCCGACUCAUCCUGCACGAUGAGAACGCCGCGCAAACGUAGCAAGAGGAGAUCAGAUGUUGCAGCGCCGCAGGCGCGGGAGGAGGACGAGGCCGGGGGCUCGUGCGCUUACCAUUCCGCCGGCGAAGGAGAAGCUCUGGGCGGCUCAGAGGAGGCUGGGGUGGGGCGGGCGCGGCUAGAGUUCAGGGAGCGCAGGGCAGAGCGGAGCGCCCGGGGUUUGGGGGUAGAAAAAGAGCCCCUUGACUGCCAAAAGACGUCAGAAAAGCCCAAACCCCAGGCGUGGCCCGUAUUCUCUCUUCCCCCACAAGGCGCGAUGCCCCCUAGAUCGGAUCACGCCGGCGGCAGCGCCGCCGCCGCGGCGGCCACGCAUGCCGACUUCGACUCCAUCGAUCCCCUCUUCCACGUCCUCCGCGUGCUCCCCUUCUCCUUCCUCCGGCCGCCGCGCACCCGCCUGAGGCUGCCGUCGAACCUGGCGCUCCCGUCGCCCAUGACCGUCUUCUCCCUCAUCCUACUCACCUACUUCGCCGUCGUCUCCGGCCUCGUCUACGACGUCAUCGUCGAGCCCCCCGGCAUCGGCAGCGCCCAGGACCCCGGCACCGGCGCCGUCCGCCCCGUCGUCUUCCUCCCGGGCCGCGUCAACGGUCAGUACAUCAUCGAGGGGCUCUCCUCCGGGUUCAUGUUCCUCCUUGGCGGCGUCGGCAUCAUCCUCCUCGACCUCGCCGUCGACCGCACCAGGCCCCGCAGCCUCCGCGUCUCGUUUGGAAGCGCCGGCGCGGUCGCCGUCGUCAUCGCCUACGCCAUGGCCAUGCUCUUUCUCCGCAUCAAGAUCCCCGGCUACCUUUGGUGAGGCUGAUAAAAUCUUGCCUGUUAAUUAACUAGACCAGAUCCGCUGCAAGAUCUCGCUACAUCUAAAUAGAUCUGCGUGCUGUGGAGUGUGGACUAGCGGACUCCUCUUUUAAUUUUGUCAAUUGAUGUUGCAUCGCACAAUGUUGUAUGAUAUCAACUCAGAAUUGCUUGGUGAGGAUUCUCAUUUUGCAGUGGUACUAUUAUCAACCUGUUCCAUGGAAUGCGUGCAAUCCCACUAUUUA